AUGUAUUUCAUACCUGAGGCCAGCAUUAGGGAGACGACUUCUCGUCCAUACGUCAUACAGAUGAGGCAUGCUGGAAGUAUGCAGCCCAUAUACAGAAGAGAUGCUGGAGUCUGGCACCAAACAAGAAGUCUUCUCUACAAGAACCUGCUCAUCAAAUGGAGGACCAAGCAACAGAGUCUCCAGGAACUGAUCCUUCCUCUGCUGCUGUUGGGUCUCCUGGUAGUCAUCAGCAUCCUCAACCCUCACGUUUAUUAUGGAGGCAUCAGCACGAGGAAGCUGGAGCGUGACGACCCUUUCUUCAAGGGCUUGGGUUACACACCAAUCACUAACGUCACCAGCCACAUCAUGGAAGAGGUGGCCCAGGAGAUGCACAUCCAGGAUCAUCUGGAGAUGUUUGCCAGUGAGGAGGACCUGGAGAACGCCAGCCUGUAUAACCCUUCCAGCUAUGUCGGCGUUGUGUUUAUGGACAGCUCUGCUACGUCUUACAGCCUACGCUUUCCGUACAACAAGCUGCCCUUAACCAGCGAUUACACAGAAUCUAUUGCAAACUGUUAUACCAGCUCGAUGGACUGCAGAGCAGCUAAUUACUGGUAUUCUGGCUUCAUCCGCCUCCAGUCUCUGAUCGAUGCCGCCAUCAUCCAGAUGCAGACAAAGCGUUCAGUGCGGAGUGAGAUGGACCUGAAGGUAGUAAUGAUGAUGGGUCAGCCAGGCUCCGUGGUCGUGGACAAAUUCCCCCACGCCCUCAUCUCCAUCUACCUGGUCCUGGCCUUCACCCCAUUCGUCACCUUCCUCAUUGUCAAUGUGGCAGCUGAGAAGGAACAUCGCCUCAAAGACACCAUGACCAUGAUGGGGCUCUACGACACGGCUUUCUGGUUGUCAUGGGGUCUCCUGUAUGCUGCUCUGGUGACCACCAUGUCCAUCCUGAUGUCCAUCAUCGCUACGUACACGGCCCUGUUCCCUACCAGUAACUUCUUUGUUAUCUUCAUCCUCAUCUUCCUCUAUGGAAUAUCAUCAAUCUUUUUCUCCUUCAUGAUGACUCCGUUAUUUAAGAAGCCCAAGUUUGCCAGCACAGUGGGCUCCAUGCUGACAGUGGUGUUUGGCUGCCUGUCGCUGUUCACCGUGCUGAUGAAGGACUUCCCACAGCCGCUGGUCUGGCUUCUCUGCCUGCUCUCCCCCAGCGCCUUCUCAAUUGGGAUUGCACAGGUGGUUUACCUGGAGGCCCAGGGAGAUGGUGCUGUGUUUUCCUCUCUGGCCAACGGCCCUCAUCCUCUUUACGUGCCCCUGAUCAUGCUAGUUGUGGACUGCAUCCUCUACCUUCUGUUGGCUCUCUACCUGGACCAGGUAAUGCCUGGGGAGUUUGGAAUGAGGAGGUCCUUGGUGUACUUCCUGAAGCCAUCCUAUUGGUCGAAACGCAAAAAGCGCUACGUUGAAGUGAGCUCAGUGUACGACGCAGAGGUGAAAGGCACUCCGGGUGGGGACGAGUCUGUGGAGCCUGUUUCACCUGAGUUCAGAGGGAAAGAGGCCAUCCGCAUCAUUAACAUCCAGAAAGUGUACAAAGAGAAGGACAACGUGGUGGAGGCUCUGAGAGGUUUGACGUUUGACAUCUAUGAAGGCCAGAUCACGGCUCUGCUGGGACACAGCGGGUCUGGGAAGUCCACUCUCAUGAACAUCCUGUGUGGCAUCUGCCCGCCCACUCACGGCUCGGCCACUAUCUAUGGCAACCCUGUAGCAGAGAUAGCAGAUGGGUCAGAAAUGAAGCAGCUGGUGGGAAUUUGCCCACAGUUCAACAUCAUCUUUGAUGUGCUCACGGUGGAGGAGCACCUCAGGAUAUUUGCCGCCAUCAAAGGGAUCCCACCCGCGGACAUCGACGCUGAGGUUUCCAAAGUGCUGAAGGAUCUGGACUUGGAGAAGAUCAUGACUGCUCAGGCCAAGAAUUUGAGUGGAGGCCAAAAGAGGAAACUCUCUGUGGGCAUUGCCAUUCUCGGAGAUCCCAAGAUCUUGCUCUUGGACGAGCCAACAGCAGGCAUGGACCCCUGCUCCAGACACCAGGUGUGGUCGUUGCUGAAGAACCGCAGAGCCGGCAGAGUCACUGUCCUUAGCACACACUACAUGGACGAGGCUGACAUUCUUGCUGAUCGCAAAGCUGUGAUUUCUCAAGGACAGUUGAAAUGUGUUGGCUCUUCUAUGUAUCUCAAAGUCAAGUGCGGUGUUGGAUAUCAUCUCAGGAUGUCUAUCAGCCAGGCAUGUGAAGCUGAAAAGAUCUCGUCUGUGGUGCAGCAGCAUGUUACCAAGGCAAAGCUGUCUCGACAGCACGAGGCAGAGUUGACAUUCACUCUUCCUCUUGAGGGCAUCGACACGUUUUCAGGCUUGUUCUCGGAGCUCGACUGUCAACCCAAUCUGGGAAUUAUCAAUUAUGGGGUUUCCAUGACAACCCUGGAGGAUGUUUUUCUUCGUUUGGAGGCCGAGGCCGAAGUGGACCAAGCUGACUACAGCGUGUUUAAUCGGGAGCAGACGGAGGAUGAGGGUGACAACGCCUCUCUGGAUGAUACCGACCAACGGCUGCUGACGUUCUCAGACAGCAAGUCUGAUGUUGUGUCGGGUCAUGCUCUGUGGCGGCAGCAGUUCAGCACCGUGGUCUGGCUGCACAUGCUCAACAUGCACAGGGAGAGGAAGGCUUUCAUUUACACUCUGGCCUUGUUCCUGGUUUUUGUUGCUGCAGUGUUCGUCUUGUCUCUGGCCACAGGAAACAUCCAGAUUCACUCCCCAGACCGUCAGUUUCUGCCCAUUUACCUCCUCAAAAAGAACCAGGUGCCGCGCAGAUACGCCACUAGCCUCCUGGUUCAGAACUCCUCAGGCUCCGAUAUUUCUGACUUCAUCCACAAUCUGGAGUCUCAGGACAUCAAAGUGGAUAUGAUGAAACACGGCGACUACAUGGAUGCAGCCCCCCACAGCGCGGCCAUCAACGUUACAGGAUCUAGCAAGGGGUUCAGAUACACUGUUGCGUUCAACAGCACCACCGUUCACUCCUUGCCUAUGGCAGUCAAUAUAUUAAGCAACGCUCUUCUAAGAGGUCUGAAUGGUACUGGACAGAUAAGAACCUGGACCAAACCAUUUGAUUAUAAAAUCCCAGAUGUCAUGUCCUAUGCUCUGGUGUACAUCGAGGCCAUCAUACUGGGAAUGCUGGCAGCUGGAAUGCCUGCGUAUUUUGCGAUGGACCACACGCGAGACAGAGAGAUCAAGUGUCGCUCUACUCUGCGUAUCUCUGGUCUGGUGCCAUCAGCCUACUGGUGUGGCCAGGCAGCGGUGGACAUCCCCUUCUACUACCUCAUCCUCUCCUGCAUGACAAUCGUCCUUUUCUCCUUCCACACUGGAAACCUGCUCACCUCCAGCAACCUCAUCGCUGUGGUCCUGUGUACUGUUGGCUUUGGUCCAGCCAUGAUCCUCUUCUCUUAUGUGUGUUCCUUUGGCUUCGCACGAGUCCAGAGCAACAGAGAUUUCUUCUCUGUCAUCUGCAUGAUGGUGUGUGUGGUGUCGGCCUCGCUGGUUCAGUUGUCAUUUGUGGAAGGCAACCUUGAUCUGACCAGAAACCUGCACAACGCCUUCUGCUUCUUCAACCCGUUGUACCCUCUGAUGGGCUGCCUCAGCUGCAUCACCAAGGCGACCUUCCUCCCCUCUCUGUAUGAGGAGAACCUCUUGUGGAAAAAUUUGAUCAUCGCGGUUGUCGCUCCCUAUCUCCAGUGCAUCUUGCUGCUUUUCCUGCUUCGUUGGCUGGAGAUCCGUUACGGAGGGAGGACCAUCAGCAGGAUCUCAUCCAAGUCAAAGCCCAAAGCGGAGAAAAACCCAGAGGAAGAGCUGAACGAGGAUGAGGAUGUUCAGAUGGAAAAGGCAAGAGUGAAGGAGGCCCUCACCUGCCAGUCAUGUGAAGAGAAACCAGCGGUGGUUGUGAGUAACCUGAGGAAGCAGUACCAAGGCAGAAGAGAAGGCUUUUCUCUGAACAAGAGGAGGAAAGUGGCUACAAAGAACGUCUCUUUCUGUGUUCGCAAAGGUGAAGUUCUUGGACUGUUAGGCCCCAACGGAGCAGGAAAAAGCACCAUCAUGCACAUGUUGUCCGGUGACACUGACCCCACUUCAGGCCAGGUGCUGAUGGGGGACUAUAGCACAGAGUUUCAUCCAGUGGGCAAUCCUCUGGAACAUGUGGGCUACUGUCCCCAGGUGAACCCUCUGUGGCCCAGGAUCACUCUGCAGGAGCACCUGGAGAUCUACGCGGCCAUCAAGGGCCUGAAAGGACAGGAUGUACCUGGGAUCAUCAAACGUGUGGCGAACGCUCUGGAGCUAAAGGACCAUUUGAACAAACAAGCCAAGACCCUGUCAGCAGGCCUCAAGAGGAAGUUGUGCUUUGCCUUGAGUAUGAUCGGGAAUCCUCAGAUCGUCUUACUGGAUGAGCCGUCAUCAGGGAUGGACCCCAAGUCAAAACAUCGCAUGUGGAGGGCCAUACGUGCUGCUUUCAAGAAUCGUCAGCGAGGAGCUGUCCUCACCACGCACUACAUGGAGGAGGCCGAGGCCGUGUGUGACCGUGUAGCUAUCAUGGUGUCCGGCCAGCUGAGAUGUAUUGGCUCCAUACAACAUUUAAAAGGGAAAUAUGGUCGAGGCUACAGUUUGGAGGUUAAACUCAGAGAGGAGCUGACGGGCCUCCAGCAGGUGGCGCUGCUGCACAAAGAGAUCCUCCGAAUCUUCCCUCACGCUGCCCGGCAGGAGAGCUUUGCUACUCUGAUGGUUUACAAGAUCCCCAUGGAGGAUGUCAAAUCACUGGCCAAGUCUUUCUCUCGGUUAGAGACUGCCAAGCAAACCUUCAACUUUGAAGACUACAACUUCUCCCAGUCGACCUUAGAGCAGGUGUUUAUGGAGUUUGCCAAAGAGCAGGAGAACGAGGAGGAAGAGGUCGGCUCCCUCAGCACAACUUUCCAGUGGCAGCGUCUCCGCCAGGACGGCUCCGUUCCCCUCAACCACACAGACAGCAUCGUGCACCAGCUUUGAAGCUCCACCUGAGAGGGAGCAGGCUGGUGACUGACCAGGACUAACCUACCCCGACAUGCAGGCCUCGCCGCCUGAGGGCUCACACCAGCACUCGCCCGCUCCACGCAAACUGACACCCACCGCUCUUAAAUGACUGGGACCGACCUGUGUGGGGGCUCGCAUACGUACAUUGUGUGUGUGUGUGUGUGUGUGUGUGUGUGUGCUCAGGGCUGUUAAGGCCACUUCACUCGGUCUGAGGUGUGCAUGCGUGUGACCCUUGUCCACUGGUGCUCCGUGUUUUCUGAAUCGCACUGACCUGCGGUCUUUCUCGACACACAGAUCCGACACCUACUCCUCUUUCUAACGGGGUUUUUUUUAUCUUCACAGGGAGUCAGUAAAAGGAAAAUAUAUAAAUAAUAUAUAAUAUUUAUGCUUUGUAAUCCUUUCCAUCCAUUCUCCUCUGCGGGAGACUUUGCAGUAAGUGUGUUUGCUCGUUUCUUCAGAAGUUUUUGUCUACUGUGUUUUUUUUUUUUUUUACCAGAACUGGUAUCCAUCCACGAGCGUACCAAAGCAGCACAUCUCUGAACCACACACCACCACACCUCCUUACACAAACUAAGAAGUACUUUUAGUUUUUGGGUGUCAAUAGCAUGUGCAUAAAUAGUUUGCAUCUUUAGACCUUUACCAAGCUCCCUGCUUAACAAACAAGUGGUCUUUUUCACAGGCUGCACAGACCAGAGUCCCUUCUCCUCACUUUACACCAGCAUGCACAUCUUAAUAACGUCCAGACCCACAUUUAAACUCUACGUUCUUCGGGACUGAGUGUUUCAGCAUGCACGCUCAUGAGGAGGUUGAUUUAUUUAGAAGUGUGGCUGAGGGAUGUUUGGAUGAGGGUUUCAAAUAGAUGAUUUGUUUUGCCCUGUGGCCUUCCUCUCUGCAGGUUUAGCUUUGAACUAGAACCCAUAGUUUGGGAAUGUAGUGUUAGAAUAUGCACACCAGUACAUGUAGCACACUGCCCCCGUCAGACAUUAGCCGGGGCCGAUGACCUCACACGUGAAGAGCUGGAGCUCGAGGUUGCGUUCAGAUCCAGAGCUUUUUGAAGCGGUCUUCUCUGAGCCGGGUUUGAUGAAGACUUUUGAUAAGAUAUUUGAAUGUACGUUUGGCCUCCGGUGAGAGGAGGGUUUGUUACUCAGCAGUGACCACUCCUGUCGUCACUCUGUCUCACUUUGGUGCCACUUUUAAUCACACAGCUGUGUUUUUGUUAACUUUAUCUAGCCUCUUUGUGUGUGUGUGUGAGAGUGUGUGUGAGUGUGCGUGCGUGUGUAUUGUGCUGUGUGUGUAUACUUUGUGUAGCUGCGGCUUUAUCUACAUAAUCUAGUAUUUGUACAAGCAGGUGCGUUGCUGGUGCAAUACCUAUCAGCAAACCGAUAAAUUGUAAUUUUCUCAUGACAUUCAGGUGAGAGGAUGAUGCGGUUAAAGGGAAUUUCAGACACUUUGUUGGACAGACUUGAGAAAUAUGUGGUUUGUUGGUCGUUUACUUGGUGGCGAAAAUAACAGGAACAUUUGACAGUGUAAUGCGACCCAGUGCAACAACACAAACUCUGGCAUCAGAACUCAACACUGAGCUUCACAGAGGAUGUGUUUGUAGAAGGCUGAUUGUAUUGGAUUUAAUUACACUGCCAGGUGUGUUUCCUUUGUCCACCUCUGCAACACAGAAGUUCAUCUCAUGAAUUUUUCUUGGGACGUUGGUCUAGAACAGCUGUGGAGCAAAAGUUGAAAGAUUUCAUUAAAAAAAAUAAAAGUUUUUGAUCUGAAGUAUAAAUGCUUUUCUUUUUAUUAUAAAAUGUCUUAAACUGAAUUAAUUUUUUGAGCUGAGCUUCAUCAUGCGUCUCAGAUUCAUGGCACAGAUGCUUUGUAGUGGUGUGUUUUUACACAAGCUGUCUGGGAUAAGUGACUUUCACACUGCAGCUUAUAUUGAUUAUAUUUUCUGUUUUAACCUUCUAUGCUGAUUUAUGAAAUAUCGGUUAUUAUUUGAGUCUGAAGCAGAUUGACUUCCCUAACAUGCACUACAGACAUUUUACACUGGAGAUUCAAAUACACUGAAAUUGAGAAAGUGAGUGGAAGUACUGCCUGAGGUCCUUUUUUUUUUAUGUAAAAACUUUAUUUAAAUGCUGUCAAUUUUUUUUUUUGUGUCUCCUUGUUCUCUUUUUAAUAGGGGACAAAAUAAAACACUGGCUCUGCAUGAAGUUUGUGUGGCAAGGAUGGAUUUAUGGGAUGUCAUAUAUACACUACCUAUAUUUUAUAUUUAUAUCUUUCCCAAGUGCAAUGUAGGGUAUUUGUUUACAGAUGCAAACAUUCGUUAAGCUUUAUCAUACUCUUGUGUGUUCAAAACUUGUAGCCGCCCAAACAUCGACUUUUUUUUAAACUUCUCUUCCCUCUGCUUCCAGAACAAAAAGCAUCACAUCUAGUUUGAAGUAUUUCACAUGAAGAAAACCAAGUUGCUCUUUGGCUCUGUUGAAAGUGGAGCAGGUUUUUAUUUUGUUUCCCUAGUGGUGGUAACAUUGCACUAUUUCUGGGAAAUGUUAUAACCUUUCUUUGUAUUAUGCAAUCUUUGUAAGAUUAUCUGUGCACUGAUUUUAUUUUUUAAAGAUUGUGGUUUAGCUGUGUGCUGUAUUUUCUCCUGUAUCACCCCAUGUCUGGAAGGACACUAAUGAAGUCUGUGGUCUCUACACGACCUUCUUAUGAAUAAAUAUUAAUCCAAA